CCAACGGUUCCAUCGAAGGAUCGAUCGGCAUCGGAACCCGGCCGGGUGAUCGAUAGCUGUCAGGAGGAGUGCCCUGUUCCACGCCGCCCCCUUUUCCCCAGCCACACUUUAUGCUUCGUCAAUCAGUUGGAUCAAUCCCUCCGAUGAGCCCCGUCGUGAGCCAUGAAAUGGAGGAGUUCCUUCUUUCCACCCCGAUCAACCCCAAUAACUUCCCGGCCAAGCUGUGGCGCAUCGUCAACAGCCCCCGGUACCGCUCGAUCCGCUGGGACCCCCGCGGUGAAGGGCUCAUCGUCGACCAGCAACUCUUCGAAUCCGAGCUCCUCACCCCGAUCAAGAACGUCAACAAUGGUGCCAACCUGGAGCCCGACACCGACCUGCUCUUCAAAACCACCAACUUCACCAGCUUCAUCCGUCAGCUCAACCUCUAUGGCUUCAGAAAGAUGGGUCAAGGGAGCGGCGAGCACCCAGUGCCUGGCGAGCUGGGGGCAGGGGACGGGCUCCUUCAUCACUUCCACAACCCCAGCUUCAAACAGGAUCACCCGGAGCUUCUCAUCAACAUGAAAAGACUAACCAGUGCUAACAAAGCCAAGUUGGCGGCUGGGCUCCAGGUCAACACCAGACCACCCAACCGUUUUCAGAGAUAUCUCACCAAUUCCAUGGAUUCCAUUGGCCAGAACAAAGGAGACCGACAUGGACCUGUGACAGUUGGUCAACUUCAACGGACUUUCCGCAGAGAUAACCUGUCACCAUAUCCAUUUAUUUCAUCGACCCACAAUCAAAGUCCUUUACAUACAGUGUCCAUUAAAAAUUUAUCUGGGUCUAAUCCUGGUGGCCUAGAUCGAACUCCGAUUCCCCCACGUACAUGGCACAGCUCUAUUGGACUAGUGGCUGGACAAAUUGAUACCACCUCUUCAUCACCAUUUUCAGACAAAGCUAUUCCAUUUUCCGUCAUACAACGAUUUCCGACUGAGGUCACCUAUACUCUGCAACCAAAUCCUAAUAAUGUGCAUGUCCAACAAGGAUCUCAAGAGAUAGGAAGUGCUGGGCAGAAAUAUACCAGUUAUCUUACUUCUCCUUCACAGUAUCAUCAGGCCUUCUAUCCAACAGCUGUCUUGCAGUGUUGUCCUCCUAACUCCCACCUGGAUCCAAUGACAGGUUGUCCCAAUACAAACACUUCUUCUUAUCCUAACUACAACUAUUAUCAGAAUGCUGCCAUGCAGUCUUCAUAUCCCGUUGAUGUUCUACACAACAAUGCAGCAGCCUGGCACUGCACUGCUACAGACGAAUCCAAAAAGUCUGAAGUUAACUUGGAAACUGUCUUUCAGAUAGUGGAUGAAUUAAGAGCUUCUCCAAAGAUUCAGCUGGUGAAAAUGGAUACCACUGAGAAUUCAUCACCAAUGCAACAAUCACGGAACACCCUACAGACCUCGAGCACUCCAACAUUUACUGACAAUGCAGGAGCCAAUGUACAAGCAAUGAAAAUUCAGUCUCUCACUUCUGCAGUCUCAGAGAUUAAGUCUUUUGUGGUAGCAGCCACAGCAGACCAAUCACUCUCAUGUUCACUGCCAGUAGUUGCUGACAGCGUGCACACAGCUACUUCACAGCCAUCUGAGAAUACAACCAUUGUAAGCAUUGUACCAGAAUCAGUACCUCCUGAUCAGUGUCUACCUCGAGGCAAGGUGUCUAAGCUGUGCCAUAAUGCAUCUCUGCACCCAAUAGUGUUUGUUGAGGAUGGACCAGAAUCCAGCACUGAAAGAACGGUACAUGGUACUGACUAUCAAACUGGCUCCUUGGAUUCCAUCCAGACCACUGAUCGAUCAAGAACCAUUAUUUCAGCGCUGCUUUCUGACUUUGACAUACCAAAAGCCACAGUUGCAGCUAACACUACUGCAUCUACUCCUAUCAAAUCAAGACGACAAAACAGUAGCCAGCAGGCAAAGUCUCCUGAUCUUCAUCUUCUUGUGGAUGUGGCCUGUAACCAGGAUCACUUUCAAAAAGACGAGGAUAUUUGUGUUUGGGAGACAGAAGCCAGCCAUUCUCCCCAGCUCUCACCUUAGCCAUCUAACAACUACAAGUAGCUUGAAAGUUAUACUUUCUACAUUAAAAUAUUAGUAUUUAAUAUUCUGCUUUUUAAUUUGCUUUAGUUUCUUGUAUUAUUUCAGAAAACUUAAGUUUUAUAUUUUAAGCUAAUACUUAAAAUGGUGCAGAAAUCAUAUUUAGUUAAACUCUUCAAAUACAAUAUUUUAACAUUGCAUUAAUUCAAUUAUUCUUUGUAGUUUCUGUUGUAAAACAAUGUCUAAUUUCUGGAGUAAAUGUUCAGCUUUCUUGAAUAUCAUUAUAGUCAUGUAAAGUAUAUGCAGAAACUGGAAGGAGAAUAUGAUUUGUGGACUCUUUUGCUAUCAAUGUAAAAUACUAUACUGUAACUUUGGAUUCCAUCACAUAAAAUAAUUUUACAUAACUUUCUUUGUGUAUCUUAAAAAUGAAUUAAUGUUGCAAUAUUGCAUGUUCUAAUGGGCAUAAAAGUGAUUGCAACCAAAGUACUAAUAGGUUAACCUCCCUCAGACCAAAAUAGACUGUGUGAAAUAUAUUUGUUUUGCUUUUCUUAAUUUCUUAAUUAUAUUUGCUUUGUUACAUUGGCUUUUUGAGUAUUAUGCAUCUUGCAUUAUCAGAGGUUCGUUACAAAAUGUAAUUACAUCACCAUUAGGGAAACUUUAUCAACAAAACAGCAGCCAACAGAUUAUUUUUUAAAGUGUUGGUGGGCAAAGCAACUUCUCGCUUUGAGUUUAUAAUUUAAUGGACCUUCAUAGACAUUGAAAAUUUGAAGUGGUGAAAUAAAAUUAUUUUUGAAAGCUUCUUUAAAACAUUUUCCAUUAAUACUUUUGACCAAAACUGUACAUUUUCAAAUUUCCUUUGAAGUUAUCCUGCUCCAGGUUUUGCUGUAAAGUGAGGUUUGUUAUUAGAAAUGACUUUAAUGUUUUAAAUGUACUUGAAUUAUAUCAAUUGCUGUCUGGAUAACUAAAGGAAGCACAACUUGCACAUACUAAUAUUUUUAGCUAUGAGUUUUAAGAGACUGCAGAAUAUUCCUUAUUUAAAUGAAUUUAUUGGUACAAAGCAGGGUACCCCCUCAGCAGCAACAUCAUUAUCAUGUAAUAACAUUUUGUAUAAAUAAUUUCUGGUUUGAGAAGUUUAAAAUAUAGAAGCAAUAGAUUGCUUACAUUCUGAACCACAAACUAAAGUGGAAACCCAUAGCUGGCUACAUGAAAACAUCACCACUAAAGAUAUUUAACCAUAUUGUUCACUCAUUUAUUGAGAACAUGUGGCCAUAUGUAUCUAUUACUAUCACUGGGAGCAUAGAUUAAAGAUACCAGGCAGUUCACUUUCAAGAAGGAUUAAUUAAACAAAUAUGAUGACUGCUUUUUCUAUGAACAGUAAUGAUGAAGAAUAGAACCAUCCAGAUUGGGCAUUACCACUUCAAUUUGUUUUGUUUUAUAUAAUUGUUUGUUUUAUUUUCAUCUAUUUAAUAUAAAGUAUGUAUCUAAUAGGUUAAAUUUAGAAUGCUGUUUUAUUACAUACUCCACAUGAUAUAUAUUCUGUAAUUAACAG